UAUGGGGUUGCUAAAACGACAAAAACCAAUCAGCAACAAAUGCAAUUAAUUUUUUUUUUCAAUGUAAUGAAAACAAAAAGGGAGAGCAGUGCAACGGGUCGCCAUAACCUCAAUAUUGUUGUGUAGUAAAUAAGACGAAAAUAUUUAAAAUAAUUAAAAAAUUUAAAAUGUUUGCUUGUGCUAAAUGUACAUGUCAUGUUUUUAAAUAUCGUGUACGACAAUGCAUUUCAGUAGUUAUGAUACCUUUAAGCAACACUACACAUCCACCUAAGGCCUAUGAUUUACACUUAAAAAUAGGAAAUGUAUCUUUAAAAAACUAUAUUUCUAAGAUAGAAUCAGAAUAUCAAACCCUCUCUACACAAGAACACUUUACUAAAAGUAAACAGUGGUUGCACCUGCAGCCGGUAAUAGGACUUUUAGAGCAACGUUCAAAUUUGGUUGACAAUUUAGAGAACUUAAAAGAACUGAUAAACUCUGGAGACAAGGACCUGUCGAAAAUGGCAUUGGAAGAAAAAAGCCAAUUCGAAAAUAAAUUACUAGAGCUGGAUGAAGAAUUACUGGAAGCUUUGCUUCCAGAGGAGAAAGACGAUAAUUGUGAUUCCAUUGUUUUGGAAAUUCAAGCUGGAGUAGGUGGUCAAGAAGCUAUGCUGUUUGCAAAAGAAAUGUUUGAUAUGUAUUGUAAAUUUAUUGUGCACAAGGGGUGGCAGUAUGACAUAGCACAUUUUCUAACAGUGGAUACUGGAGGUUUGAGGCAUGCUUCUCUAUUAGUUAACGGACCAUCUGUGUUUCAAUGGUUUAAAUAUGAAGGAGGAGUUCACAGGGUACAGCGCAUUCCAACAACAGAAAAAAGUGGAAGAAUGCAUACAAGUACAAUUUCUGUUGUUGUUUUGCCACAACCCAGUGAUAUUGAAAUAAACAUAGAAAGUAAAGACCUAAAAAUAGAAACUAAGAGAGCACAAGGAGCAGGUGGUCAGCAUGUAAACACCACAGAUAGUGCAGUUCGGAUAACACAUCUGCCAACAGGCACAACAGUUGAGUGCCAAACUGAUAGAUCACAAAUUAAAAACCGAAAGUUUGCAAUGGCACAUCUUAGAGCUCUUUUGUACCAGAAAGAACUAGACAGGCAAUUGGCAGAGGCUAAGAGUACCCGCAAAAGUCAAGUAAAAUCUCAAGAUAGAAAUGAAAAAAUUAGGACAUACAAUUUUAAUCAAGACCGCAUAACCGACCAUAGGCUCCAGGGGGUGCAUUUUCAUAACAUAGAAAUGUUUAUGAAGGAAGGAAAGGAUUUGGAAAAAUUGUUGCAUGAAAUUGAUAAGCAGUCUAGGAUACAAAAUUUAUUAGAAAUUGUAACAAAUGUCUGAAUUAUAUUAGUUUUGAUUUUUAAUUCUGGUUGUUCUUUGUUUUUGACACAGAGUACUAAAUUCUGUGAUUUCAGUUUUAUACGAGUCCUCUAGUAUUCUGUGUCUAGUAGCGCCAAAAUGGCUUGCGGUAUUAAUAAAAUGCAAUUGCCUUUGUAACUAAUCACUUUUGUUUGCAGUCCUUGCAUUUACCAAACGUAAUGAAAAUCUUAAACAAAAACUGAAAGAACUUGAAUUCUUGUGUUCUAAAUUUCAAAAUUGUUCACUGUUACUGGAUAUAAUAGUAAUCUUUAUAUCUUACAUCUUUCAAUGAUUAAGAAACGUAGCAGUAGUGAUUGGGAGCGUGUUGCACAUUUGAAUUUACAAAGCCAUUGCCGAGACGUCCGGUGGCACAUGCGCUACAAAUCAACAUGUUGCGGGGUGCACGCCAUUUUUGGUAACGAGUUUAUUUUGUGCUAGGUAGCGGUAGCGAAGCGAUCGAUAUUAGUAAAAUUUGGUCUUGAAAGAGGAAUUAAUAAUAAUUAUAUAUUUUUUGUUAUUAUUUAUAUUAUUAUUAGCAUUUACAAAAAAAAAUUUUUUCAGAGUCCCAACGAGAAAGUUUUCUCGAAAACCCCUCAAGUUUUCGAAGAUCAAAUGCUGCUCCGAAAUGUGCUAGAUGUGGUAAAUUCUAAAAUGGACCUCUUAAUAAAUUUACAAAUGUAGACUUCGAAAAUAUUCUAAUAAGUUCCCUUCAUAACUCCUUACAGUCUUC